CGUAGCUAGAGAAGAAAUCUGCCAGGGAGGGGACUGAAGAACAAAACAAUGACACUGCUCGGAAGGAUUCAAACAGAGUAACACUUUUAAAAGACUUUUUAAACGUAAUCGCGCGGAUUUAUCUCCCGUUUUAAAGUAAAAGAGUCCGCGGAUAUCUCAGCUUUUGACAUCGACUGGCUGUUGUUUUUGUUGAUAUGUUGUUACAGCUCAGUUGACAGACCGGAGGCUAGCUGCUUGUUUGGACGGCUAUGAACUGUUAGGGUUUGGUGGCUCUAUAAUUACAGCUUUUCUUUGGAAAAAGUUAAAGCAGUCCGACGAAACUAGCUAGCUGUAAGCUAAGUAUUUAUGUUUGCAUGCCAAAUAGUCUGCCGAGUUUGCUAGCGAGCUAUUGAGGGUCAGUUUGCUAGCUAGCCUGUUGUUAGCAUCAACAUUUGUACAUUCAUCUUUUCAGGGAGAGUUCAUUGUCUUGGUCGGUACACGCUACCUUUACAGGUUUCUGUGUUAUUUUAUAGUUUUAUUCGCUUACUUAUUUUAUGUUAUGCUGCAGCAAUUUGCUAACUUCAAUGCACGAACACGUUAAGUGUUAGUAGUAAAAAGAUAUCAGCUGCAAUUCAAGGAGACGACUGUUCCUAUUUCAUUGCGUCACUGUUAGUUGCACUAAAUUACAUUAAUAAAGCUGUUUAUAAGUGUUUAAAAUUCAUCAAGUUAUUUUUAAUGCGAAAUCUAAUUUGAUUAAUUGUAUGUAUUGUUGUUGAGACUUCGUUGUUAAAGUCAGUGAAUCACCAGGCCUAUUAACAUGCAGCUGUUAUAAGUUGAUUUAGUCCCUGUACUUGGUCAUUUCAGCUUAGUUAAGUAUUACCAUAUGUUGUGCAUUUUUCAUUAACUGCUAUUGGAAAUAGCUGGUGCUGUUGUCAAAGCUGUACCAAUAAGCAUUGCUCAGUAUUCAAGUUGACCUUGUAGGAAACGAUGAGUGGGCAUGGCUCAUCUUCAGAAAAGGGAGUUAAUACAAGUCUAAUAUGUCAAGAAAGUUAUGCCUGUGGUGGCUCUGAGGAGGCUGCAUUUGAAUGUGAUGAAUGCAAAAGCCUGCAAUGUGUUCGUUGUGAGUUUGAGCUCCACAGUCAGGAGCAUUUGAAGAGCCAUGAACGGCUUCAGAUAGGUCCGGGACAUGUCCCUUACUGUGACAACUGUAAAGGAGGUAAUGGAGACAAUGGCAAACGCCAUAGAUCCGUGGUCCGCUGUCAGAACUGCAAAGUUAACUUGUGCCAAGACUGUCAGAAGCGUACUCACAGUGGAGGCAACAAGAAGAAACACCAGCUCACAUCUUAUCCUCCACCACCCAAACGUGCAGAGGUCAACUCUGUCCAGACACCUGUUCAGCCAGCUGUUCAAAUCGCCGAUGACAUCAAAUCUCAGAGAGCAAAACUUCUGGAGAAGGUUUCCAGUUUUCUCUUGGUUGAUGAGAAUGAGGAAAUGCAGAUAAAAGAUGAAGCUUUGUUUAUGAAGAGCCUGAACUGCGACCCCGACCAGCUGCUGAAGGUGGUGUCCAUCUUUGGUAACACAGGAGAGGGCAAAUCUCACACCCUCAACCACACAUUCUUUAUGGGGAGAGAAGUGUUCAAGACUUCUCCCACACAAGAAUCGUGUACAGUGGGUGUGUGGGCGGCAUUUGACCCCAUCCAUAAAGUAGUGGUUAUUGAUACGGAGGGGCUGCUUGGAAACAGUUCCAAACAAGGCCAGAGAACCCGUCUGUUGCUCAAGGUACUCGCCAUCUCUGACCUCAUCAUUUAUCGCACCCAUGCUGACCGUCUUCAUGAUGACCUCUUCAAGUUCCUUGGGGACGCCUCAGACGCCUACUUGAAGCAUUUCACCAAGGAGUUGAAGGCCACGACGGCCCGCUGUGGCCUGGAUGUCCCACUGUCCACCCUGGGCCCUGCGGUGGUUAUCUUCCAUGAAACAGUUCACACUAAGUUGCUUGGCUCAGAUAAGUCAUCCGAGUCGGUAGAUCGGCUGCUGUUGGAGCGCUUCCGGAAGCUUUCCCGUUUUCCAGAGGCCUUCAGCUCUGUCCAGUACUGGGGCACUCAGACUCUCAGCCCACCUACCGACUUCCGUGGCUUGCAGAAUAAACUGGAGCAGCUCCUGGAUAACAACGCCACCCGUUCUCCACGCACGCCUGUGGUCAUCUUCAAAGCCCUGCAGGCACUGAGUGAGCGCUUCAAUGGGGAGAUUACAGGUGAGCUGGUAGCUCACAGCUGCUUCUUUCCAGAUGAGUACUUCACCUGCUCCAGCCUUUGCCUCAGUUGUGGGUCUGGCUGCAAGAACAGCAUGAACCACUUGGGAGAAGGAGUGUGCCAUGAAGCGAAGCAUCGCUGUCGUUACUCCGCUCAGUACGAUAAUCGCAUUUACACUUGUAAGGCUUGCUAUGAAGGUGGAAAGGAAGUGAUAGUUGUCCCCAAGACCUCAGCUUCCUCAGACUCUCCAUGGAUGGGCCUUGCCAAAUACGCUUGGUCUGGGUAUGUUAUUGAAUGUCCCAAUUGUGGAGUGAUCUAUCGGAGCCGUCAGUACUGGUACGGGAACCAGGACCCUGUGGAUACAGUUGUCCGGACCGAGAUCCAGCAUGUAUGGCCAGGGUCGGAUGGCUUUUUAAAGGACAAUAGCAAUGCAGCACAGCGCCUUCUAGAUGGAGUCAACCUAGUGGCCCAGUCUGUGUCAGAGCUCAGUGUCAAGCCUGCCAAGGUUGUCACCUCUUGGCUGACAGAUCAGAUCGCCCCAGCCUACUGGAAACCCAACUCCCUCAUCUUGGUGUGCCAUAAGUGUCAUGCAGUCUUCCAGGACAACGACACCAAGCAUCACUGCCGUGCCUGUGGGGAGGGUUUCUGCGAUGGCUGCUCUUCCAAAGCUGCACCCGUCCCUGAGAGAGGCUGGGGUCUUGGCCCUGUCAGAGUCUGUGACGUCUGCUUCGAGCAGAGAGUCUCAUAUGCAGAGCUGCUUGAAGCAGAGCUUGAAGAGGAAGAAGGUGGAACCCUGGCCAGGAAGGUUGGAGAGGCAGUCACCAACACCAUAGGGGUUGUGGUGACUGCUAUUGACAUCCCACUUGGCCUAGUGAAAGAUGCAGCCCGUCCUGCCUACUGGGUGCCUGACCAGGACAUCCUGUCCUGCCACAACUGCCAGCGCGAGUUCACUGCCAAACUGUCCAAGCAUCACUGCCGUGCCUGUGGCCAAGGAGUGUGUGACGACUGCUCCCCAGAGCGUCGGCCGGUUCCUUCACGGGGCUGGGACCACCCCGUGCGCGUGUGCACCAGCUGCAACCAGAAACCUGGAGAACUUUAACAGGGACGGCCUUCCUUCCUCAGAGCACCGGAGAGAACCACUCACUCACUCAGCUCGCAGUCUGUCACUGCUUUACCUCCGUUACUCCAAUGGUUCUGUCUUGUAUCUGUGGCAAGGAAGUUUUUAGGCAUAUAUAUAUAUAUAUAUAUAUAGGACAUUUAGCAGAUUUGGGAUUUCUGAGUUCCUGUGGCCUUUGUAGAACAGCCAGAACAUGUUAGUUACUUGACUGAGUGUGAAACCUGCAUUUCCACUCUGAUUAUUCACAGAGUGAAUAUUUUGAUUCUUAUCGACACAAAUCCCAGAUUUUACGUUAAAUAAGGCUGUUCAGCUAUUUUUCUACUAUCAGAAAAUAUUAAAAAAAUAAUUUAAAGAAUAUUAGAUAGUUGAGAACCCCAUGCGGUUGGUGUGAUUAGUGUCCAGCAAUUCUUAUUAUUGAGCAUUGUUUUUCUGAUGUAGUACGUGUAAUGGCAAGGGGAUAUUUUACAUCCAUGCAGGUAUAACUGCAGGCUCCAUUGCAUGCUGUAUUGCAACAUUUUAGUUUUUGCACUAAACCUUUUUCAGCUGUUAUAGGCUGUUGCUUACGAUGGCCAAAACCCAGAUAUCCAGUCUGUCCCAGACUGAGCUGAAAUCUAGGGUUCUAGAGUGUGGAUAUCUGGUGUGCCAAAAAUCAUUCAGGUCACUGUAUCUGUGCUGGUAUAAUGUUUAUAUUUUAUCAUGUACUUUGUGGUUGUAUGAAGACAUAGAACUAUGUUAGAGGAGUGUACAUUUGAAAUGUUGAAAAUUAUUUAUGUAUUGAAGAAAAAAAAAAUUACUUAUUAGCACUCUGGCAUGCAUGACAGUCUGAGCGAUUCAUGGCCUUUUACUUGUUCAGAGGACGGUCUCUGAAUAAACCUCACUAUUUCUUUUACCAAGCGUGUAUACAUGCUAUGAAAUGUAGGUAUUUAAUGUUCAAAUUUGUUUUCUUGACACCUUGAUUUUAAUUGUUUUUUAAAUAUUUACAGUUGAUGUUUGCUAGGGUGUAUGGAUAUUGUUCUGCAGAACUGAGUAAUAUCCACAUUUGUCUUCAAACCAGUUUUACAUGUUACAUUCACGCCUCCAAGUCUGACAGGAUAAGAACUCCUUGUUCAGCUCAUCACAGCUAGUUUGUCUGUUAUUUUAGAUCUGUUAUUGAAAGAUAUUGUAUAUUUUCUUUUUCUGUUUUUUGUUUGACAUUAGUUACUGUGUAGAUAUUUAUGUACUUUGUAGUGACCGUAUCUGAACCACCCUUUCUCGCCAUAGUUUUUUUUUUUUUUGUCUUUCAGCAUUACACAGAAAAACACAUGCUCAAAUGUGGCAAUGAUGAGAUAUUGAACCAUAUUUAGUGACUGAGAGCUUUAACUUGUCUUGCAUCAUUACUUUUUUGUUAUUGAGUAAUGAGACUGUUACGUGUGGAUAUGAUACAAAGCACAAGGUGAUGCCUUUAACACAUAUGCUUGUAUUUUAUUGUUAAAAAUGAGAAAAAAAAAGGGUUGUCGAUUGUAAGCUUUGUAGAUAAAGUUAAUUCUCCCUUUGGUCCUUACGUGGAACUUUUUGGUUCUGAUGUCUGAUGAGAAGAUGUUGUGUCUGCCUUGUCUCAAAAUAGAUUUAUCUGUCUGAAUGUUGCAUCACACACACCUUCCUCUGAGAUUCUAAUAUUGCACAGGAUAGAAUAGGAAAUACAUCAUGUCAGAUCACUUGUACUGGACUUCAUUCCCAUGCAAAUGUGUGCAGUCUGUUGCUUCAGAUAUCCUUUGUGGUGUCUAGUCUUCGACUAGGUUGGGUGCUACUAUGAACACUCACCUACACACUACAAAUCAAGCAGGAAUGAUCAAUGCAUUUUAAAAUGUUGGAAACUAACUUGAAACAGUGAUGUGUGUGGAUACUUGCUGAAUUGGUGGAAGAUUUGCAUACGAUUAAAGUUGUAUCAGCUCCCGUCUGUCAAAACAUAA